AAAAGUUGACCGUUUCGUGUUGUCUUAUUCUAGGUGGUGACGUAUUUUUCUCCAAGAAGGUCAUAGAUCAAGUCACCGAAAAGCCAAAGAACUACACAAUUAUAUUCAAAUAUUUGGGUGGCAAAAUUCCAAGUGUUCUGUCUAAUUUUGAAGUUGAUGUUAAUGUAUUUAGUGAAGGUGGUAUACAAGUAACAAAUGAAAUGAAAAACAUUGAUGCAACCAUCUCCAUACCUAAUGUAUGCAAUGUCACACAGCAACAGUACCUCUGCACGGAUUUGGUAAAGAUCUCAUACCACUAUUGAGUCGAUUACCAUAUAAAAAGGACGAUGAGUCAACGAACAGUUACACCGUUGUUUACGUGAAGAAUGCUAGACCACCUAAGAAACCAUCAGCAUCAAAUUCAAUUGGGGCUAGACAGAAGGGCGAUCGACUAAUUCAUUUUGAAAGCCGAAAUGUAACGAACAUUAGCCGCUUCCCAAGCAGAGCAUUUGAAUAUUCCGGCGAUGAGUCCAUCACUUAUGUUCGAUUUGCCUUUAAUUCACCGACCGCCAUGGCUCUUAUUAACACGACAUUUAUAUCUGAGGAGAGCUUUAACUCUGUUGCAUACGAUAUGAACACGGAGCAUUUCGUCGCCAAUAUUUCAAUAUACGGAUUUGAUUACCUUCCUAGUCCAUAUAAUUAUGUUAAUUUAUUGGGAAUGAAUACCACCAAUUUUACCUGAAUUUAAUUAUUUAGCUUUGCUUUGUAUAAUUGAUCGUCGAUGACACUGACUGAAAUUAAGUGUUCUGUGAGUAAUUCUUCAAAUAUGGAA